AUGUUCGACGAUCUGGAGGUCAGGCAUUGCUGGCCUUUUGUCCAGACGAAAAGGAAACAAGAUAGGCAUAUAGGUGGUGUAGGCGGUUGAGUGAGCGGCUGGCAGGAGAGAAGAGAGAACUCGUUGGUAAUAAUAACGUUAAACGUUGAAGAAGAUUUAUCGCGGAGAGAGAGAGACACGGGGGUAACGGGGAUUCUUUGACGAAAUCGUUGACAGUUUCGGUGGCAAGCGGUACGUCAGUUAUACGCAUCGUUAUAGUUAUAUAUACGCAUCCUGCCAUUCCGAGUGAGUGACUGGCCGAGUGAGUGAUAGGUUAACUUUCAUUGCACAGGCAAACGUUGGGAGUUUUACUGGCGAGCGAAUCGGCGCCGUAUGCGUCGUUACGACGCUUACGAAACGAAAUACAAGUUGCGUUCGAGUGAGCAGGAAGGAAGAGAGAAGAACGGUAGGGUUCGUAGCGGAUCAGGCGGGCCCCGGACCGCCGAGCAAUCCCCGCCAGUAGAUACGCCGGGAAAUUUGAGAUUGGCUCGGUAGGCGUUGUGGCGCAGCGGACCAGCCAGUUUAUCUCUCGAUCAUUCCGCUCGAAAUGCCCGAGCGGGUGUGGUACCGGCCCCGUAUUCGUUGGGAUCGGUCAGCUAGCCGGUUGUAACGGAGCUAUAAGAUCUGCUGUUCCG